CCUCGGGCCCGUGGAGGCCGUCGGAGCCCCGGCUGCGGGGCAGCCGCCCGCGCCCGGCGAAGCCUCCAGCUGCGGCCACGGGGCCGCCGGCCCGAGAGCUGAUCCAGCCGUCGGUGAGCGAGCUGUCCCGGGCCGUGCGCACCAACAUCCUGUGCACCGUGCGCGGCUGCGGCAAGAUCCUGCCUAAUAGCCCCGCGCUCAACAUGCACCUGGUCAAGAGCCACCGGCUGCAGGAUGGCAUAGUAAAUCCUACAGUAAGAAAAGAUUUGAAAACCGUCCCGAAAUUCUACUGUUGCCCCAUCGAAGGCUGCCCUCGUGGUCCCGACAGGCCAUUUUCUCAGUUUUCUCUCGUAAAACAGCACUUUAUGAAAAUGCAUGCUGAAAAGAAGCAUAAAUGCAGCAAAUGUAGCAAUUCGUAUGGUACGGAGUGGGACCUGAAAAGACACGCGGAGGACUGUGGUAAGACCUUCCAGUGCACGUGUGGCUGUCCCUAUGCCAGCAGAACCGCGCUGCAGUCUCACAUCUACCGAACUGGCCACGAGAUCCCUGCAGAACACAGGGACCCACCUAGUAAAAAGAAGAAAAUGGAAAACCACCUGCAAAGCCAGAAGUUGUCCAGUAAGACCAUUGAAUCCUUGAACCACCAACCGACCCCUCAACCAGAUGCUCACAACCUAGAAGCUUCAGAGAUAAAAUUAGUAACGUCUUUUGAAGACUCUUAUAGCUCUCAUGCCAGAAAGCAGAGUGUCCCAACACCUCCACGGCACCUGCACAAGUUGCUCUUACCAAAGCCCAAGGUGGCUCUGGUUAACCUUCCCGUCAUGCAGCUUUCCCCCAUGCCUGUCUUUGUGCCUGCCACCGACACCUCAGCCCAGCCUGUGGUGUUAGGUGUGGAUCAGGGUUCUGCUGCAGGUGCUGUGCACUUAGUACCUUUGUCAGUGGGAACCCUGAUCCUCGGCCUGGAUUCAGAGGCCUGCUCCCUAAAGGAGAGCUUACCUCUUCCAAAAAUUAUCAGUCCUGUUGUUGAGCCCGUCAGUACAGGUGUCCAGGUGAACAUAGGUAAAAGUCCGUCUAACCCUUUACAGGACCUGGGGGGUGCGUGUCAGAAGAGCAGCAUCUCCUCCAUCAAUGUGCAGACCGAUCUGUCCUAUGCCUCACCGCACUUGGUCCCUGCAGCUCAGUGGCUUGGCCCCGACUCCUCUGUGUCAUCUUGUUCUCAGACUGACCUGUCCUUUGAUUCUCAAGUGUCCCUUCCCAUUAGUGUCCAUACCCAGACAUUUGUGCCCAGCUCUAAGGUCACGUCAUCCAUAGCUGCUCAGACGGAUGCAUUCGUAGACGCUUGUUUCCAGCCAGGUGGGAUCUCCAGAGAAACCCAGACCAGCGGGAUGCAGAGCCCCAUGGACGACCGAGUGCAGGUGGGCCACUCGGGCUUGUGUGGGGGCGUUUUUGAGAGUGUCCAUUCUUCAUACCACGUUCCUGCCGAUGGCAUCAUGAGCAGUGGCUUGGUUGCAGAGACAGUGACUCACAGUUUGUUACCUCAGAAUGACCCUAAGAUGUUAAGUCACGUUAUGGAGAAAUCUGCGCCCAUGUUGAACUUCGGUGGCCACAAUAGCAUGGUUCCUUCACAGAACAUGACGGAUAACCAGACCCAAACCAUAGAUCUGCUGAGUGACUUAGAAAACAUCUUGUCAAGUAAUCUGCCUGGUCAGACCCUAGACAACCGGAGUCUUCUGUCUGACACAAAUCCUGGCUCUGACCCCCAGCUCCCAUCAGGUCCAGCCCAGAAUUCUGGAAUUGAUUUUGAUAUUGAGGAGUUCCUUUCAGCCUCAAAUAUCCAGACUCAGACCGAAGAGAGUGGACUCGGCACCAUAGCCACUGAGCCAGUCUUGGAGUCCCUGGACAUAGAGACCCAAACCGACUUCUUCCUCACAGACCCCUCAGCACAGCCCUAUGGGUGCAGGGGAAGUUCGAACUUCUUAGGCCUAGAGAUGUUUGACACACAGACACAGACGGAUUUAAACUUCUUCCUAGACAGUAGCCCUCACCUGCCCUUGGGCAGCAUCCUCAAACACUCCAGCUUCUCCAUGAGCACUGACUCAUCUGACACAGAGACCCAAACCGAAGGAGCCUCCACCGCUAGACAGGCACCUGUCCUGGAGAGCAAGGUCCAGCUGAACAGCGCAGAAACACAAACCAUGAGCUCUGGCUUCGAGACGCUGGGGAGCUUGUUCUUCACCAGCAACGAGACUCAGACGGCCAUGGAUGACUUCCUUCUGGCCGACCUGGCCUGGAACACGAUGGAGUCUCAGUUCAGCUCGGUGGAAACCCAGACGUGCGCCGAGCUGCACUCGGUCUCUGACUUCUGAAGGUGGUGGCCAGGUAGGGAUGGCGCUGACUCCUCCCUUGUGGGUUUAGAACCUGAGAACAAGGACGGUGGUACUGACUCGGGAAUUCAGUCAGUGCUGCCGCUGUUGAGAUUCACUGCAGCUCUUUGCCUUUUGUACUUGUAAACAGAAAACCGGUGUAUAAAUGUGAGUGUGUUAUAAAGUGUAAGAUGUUGAUCUGAAAAUGUUUUUUUGUCGCUUGCGUUUGCGCCUGCGUAGCUAGACUUCCCAUCUUAACGAAAAAGAGCAUUUCACGCUAUAAAAUCCGUACAACCAUUUGAAGGCAAGUUUACCUGGCAGUCGGGUGCUCUCACCGAGUGCAGCACACUCUCACAGCACCUCCGAUGCUUAGAAGAAGCUUGUGCGGCUGAGGCUCGCGAGCUGCUGCUGCGCCUACCUCACCAUCUCCUUUCUAAGACUUGGAAACCACGGCUGUCUUUAGCUUUUGCAAGUUUCCACGUAGGUGCUGCUGUGGCAUCUGUCCUAAGCCGCGGCAGCUGCCGGCUUGAGUGGACCUCCCAGAGGCUCUUUGCUGUGAUGUCACUGCCCAGCACAAGAGCAGCAAGCACUUAGUAUAAAUAGCGGUCCUUCUAGUAAGAGCAAGGCAUCCAAACCGUGGAGACACCUUUGGACUCGCCUUUAUGUUCACCUGGGCAGGGUGGUGCCUCCUGCGUAGUAGAAAAACCUUCCCCCGCUCUCUCAGCGUCAUUGAAGACGUCUGUGACCAAAUCUGUGGGCUUCCUGCAUGCCUGCAUCCAGUUGUCCCUCUUAAGUGUUAAGAAGGGAAAAAAGUAGAAGGGACAUUCCUGCCCAAAAGACCUUGCACUGGUAAUCUGGUUAAGGUGAGUGUCUUGCCUACAAUUAGAGUGGCUUUCCCUCCAACCACCCUCACCUUUCCUCAAAGGAAGUUCUAGUAAGGGUAUUAUUUGUGCCUUGAGGCUAGCCAUUAUAGAACAGAUACGUCUAAACUGUGGUAUUCUCCAUUUUGUUGUGGUACUAAGCAGUCAUUAAAGAAAACAAGGUGGAAACCUAUUGCUUCGGUAACAGAACUUAGGUUUCUGUGUUUUCAGAGGUCAAGCAUGCCUUGGGGUCUGGGCUCUGCGCUGGUAGGUCCUGGGUUCAUGUUUAGGGCACAGCUCUCAGGCAAAUCAGAAUCAGUGCAGCAUGGGAAAUCUUUCAGUCACCCACAAGUGCUCUGCUCCUCCUGUGGCACUUGCACGUGCUGUUGAAGGCUGAUCCUUCAAAAUAAAACCUGGGACUAAUGAUUCAUUAAAGUAAAUGGAUGACGUUGCUGAUGGAUCCCAUCCAUCCAUCCAUCCAUCCAUCCGAUUCGAAGGACUCAGUAAUGAGUUCGUAACAUGCCCAGGCAGAUGAACCCAACCUCGUGGUAAACAAUGGUUUUGGUCACAGUCGACGAUCAGUAUGUGUUUCAGAACAGUCAUAAAGCCUUAACUUAGAUUUUUAUUAUGUUUUGGAAUUGUCACAGCCUUAAUGUUCAAACAUCUAUUUAAGUCCUCCAGAUAAAGGAGAAAUGCAUGUCUGUCUGUGGCUUUUUGUAAACAGAAGUGCGGUGGUCUAUGGCUUUAAGUUUUUGUUUUCGUGACUGUGUUAACAGGGAGAAAUGGAGCAUGUGACUGUUCUUCAUGUACGAGCGCUGUUCCCACAAAACCUCAGUUACCUGAGUUUGCCUAGAACAAAUUCAGUGAUUAAAGAGGAGUUAGAAUCCUA